CUUCUUCUCGGCCAAAACUUCUUCCCUAUUUUCNAAAAAAAAAAAAAAAAAAAGCUGAACAAAAAAAAAAAUCAAAGCAAAACCACAGAUUCGAUUGAUAUUUUUCUGAAGUCGAAAUUCGCAUUUAAUACAAUGGUCUUCAGUUUAAGCUCUUAUUAGAUGAUGUGUGAAGAGAUUCUUCUUCCUCUGUUCUUCUCUGCUUCAGAUGGAAGAUAACAAUCCUCCCAAGGAUUACUAUAAGAUCCUAGAAGUUGAUUAUGAUGCAACUGAGGAGAUGAUCAAGCUGAACUAUCGGAAGCUUGCAUUGAAGUGGCAUCCUGAUAAGCACAAUGGUGAUACUGUGGCUACUUCGAGAUUUCAAGAGAUUAAUGAAGCUUAUAAUGUGCUAAUGGACCCUGCUUUACGUUUUGAGUAUGAUUUGACCGGAAUUUACGAGAUUCACAAAUAUACUUUACGGGAAUAUUUGGCUCGAUUUAAGGGAAUGAUACUUACUUGCAAUGGACUCGGCAUCAGUCACUCCUCAUCACCAUGGACACAACAAUUGGCCGAAGGCAAUAACUCAACAGAUGAGCAAGGAUACUGUAUAAACUGAAGUAGAAACAGAGCUCUGCAACCUUUGAUCCAAAACUCAACAAAGGCAUUAUUAUCUUCUGCCUCACCAGAUGGAAGUAUAGCAGUGUACACCUUAUGGCCGCCCCAUUCGACGAUAUAACAGCUUUUGCAGGAUGUUUGUAUGUUUAUAAAUUUAGAUGGUACAGUAAAGAAGAAACAUUGUCUGGCUGGCUAAUGUAAAUGUAUUAUUAGCUUCACACAGAUUGUGGGUUUUAAGCCUGCACUGUAUUAUUAUCAUUCAUGGGUCACACGUAGAGUGAGAGAGAUAUCAAAGUGAAACAACAAUAAAAGCUUCAACCUUGGUUAAGUGUUGUAGGCUUUAUAGCU